AUGGAUUACGAUCCAACGCACCCAUUUCUUCAACGAAAUGAUGAAGCUUUCAAGAAGUUCUUCAAUGUCGAAUCUGAAUUCAUGGCUGCUCAAGGUUACUCUCAUAAUGCAGAAAAGGCCAUUACCCGAAGCAUCGUAGUUACUCUCAUUGAAAUGCUCUCAAAAGGUUCCGAUUAUGAUGCAUUCGUUCCCUACCUUGCUAUGAAUUACCUUGAUCGAAUGUUGUCGAGGAAAAGCCAUUUACCAGCUCUAGAAAGAAAUCCGUGCAAGAACACGAAGCUCUUUGCAAUUUGUUGUUUUACACUUGCUUCAAAGACGAGGAACGGGGACUUCUCUGUUCCUAAUUUCUUGUUCAAGCCAUCAAUAAUCGUGGCAUCAGCAGUUCUCAGUGCUUCAUUUGAGGCGUUUCCAGCGCAAAUCCUUCAACAUGCAGAGGCAUUCCUCCGUUGCCAGUACAUUGAUAAGGAUGCCUUGUUGCUGUGCAUGGAAGCAAUGGAAAUUGAGGUCCAGCAGGAUCUGGAGGGACUCAAGGAAGUAGUAAAACUUGAUGAAGCAAAGAAAAUUGAGGAAGAGGAAGCAAGUAAAAUCAGGGAAGCGAAAAGAAUGGAGGAAAUCAAGGAACUUUGGGAACAAGGGAAAAAAUUUGCAGAAGACAUGAAAAUUGUGGAAGCCAAGAAAAAAGAGGAAACAAAGAAAAAAGAGGAAGCCAAGAAGGAAAAGAAAGAGGAGGAUAAGAAUAUGGGGAAGAAAGUAGAGAAAAUGGAGGAAGCCAAGAAAAGUGAGGAAGAAACAAGUGUGGGAGGGACAAAAAUGGAGGAAGCAAAGAAAAGUGAGGAAGCAGUCAAGAAAAGUGAUGAAGCAAGGAAAAUUGAGGAAGCCAUUGUGGGAGGCAUAAAAUUUGAGGAAGGACAGAAAAUGGAGGAAGCCCAGAAAAAUGAGGAAGUGAAGGAUAUUAAAGACAAAGGGAAGAAAGUUUUGAGAGGGAUAAAAAUUGAGGAAGGAAAGAAAACUGAAGAAAUGAAGAAAGUCGAGGAAGCAAAGGAUUUUAAGAACAAAGGGAAGGGUAAAGUAGACGAGGGACCUGACUCGGAGGAGCUUGAAUUGAGGAAGAGUAGGAAAGCAGCAAAGUGGCACAGAAAGCGGAGUAAAGGAAGAAGUAAGGUACCGGGAUUACACACAAUUGAAGAAUGGCAGAGAUUACAGGUAGAAGAUGACAAGAGUAGCGAAGAAGAGGAGUUUGUGAUGAAUUUUGAACUUAAAUGGCCAGUUGCUGAGCUUGAGGGGGACAUGAAUUUCCCUGAGUCUAUACCUUUACCUAUACCUAUACCCAUACCUGAGGGUAGUAGGGAUCGUAGGGGGCGUUGGGCCAUCACACGUCAACCCACAUCUGCUACCGCUGUUGCUGCACGUCAGGCCAUGGCUGCUACUACUACUGCACCUCAACCCAAGUGCUGCCGAAGCUUCUGCCAUGGCCAAAGACCACCAGCCCCGUCGGCGAUCCACGCCACCGUUGUCGACAUCUUCUUCACAAGCCAUCACUCUGUUCACGUCGCCACCAUGGGUUUGUCAGCAAAUAUUUUCCCUUCUAGUCAAAUUGAAUAUUUACGAGAGCUCUCUUCUGUAGGUCAGAUUUACGAUGAAUCUGCAGCGUCUAAUUAG